AUGCGUUUUACGCUCACGUUCCUUACUGGCUUGGCUGCCACAUUACUUAUGACAGGAGUGUCAAAUGCUCGAACGUUCAACGCAACCGCAGUACUGGAGCUCCCCGAAUGUGUCAAGCAGUGUGGAAUCGAUAUUCUUCCGCGGUACAAUUGUCUGGUGGGAGAGGACUGCUGGUGUGAAAGAGAAGGCCCGCUGCAGGACGAGCUGUCACAAUGCGUUCUGCUAGAAUGCCCCGAGCUGCGCGAGGCGCUCGAAGGCCUGAAAUUCCAGGCGUUGACAUGUGAUUGGCCAAGAGACCGGAAUCUUGGUACGCUGGCGACUGGUAUCUCAUACGCCCUUUUCAGCGUGGCAUCCUUCUUUUUGCUCGCACGAUUUCUUUCUCGAUGGCCUUAUUUGAAAGGAGCCGGGCUUAGCUGGGAUGACGCCAUUGUUCUCGUCUGCUUCAUUCCGGUCGUGGGUAUGACUGUAGCGGUCACAAAAGAGGUUGGAUACGGCUCAGGAAAAGACACUUGGAUGCUGGAGAUUGAGGAUGUUGUAAACUACGCAAAGUGGUUCUACAUCGCCAUACCGAUGUACAUCGCAGCCGCCUUCACUACGAAACUAUCACUCAUCGCUCUCUAUCUCCGUGUAUGGCCAGCGAGUCGCGAUUGUCGCUAUACAACCUUCCGGCGACUAUGCUGGACCAUGGGAUUUCUUUUGGUCGGGGCCGCACUCGCAUGCUCUUUGGCCAUGAUCUUCGCAUGUCACCCCAUCUCGAACGCGUGGAAGUACGCAAAUACCGGCAAUGGAACCUGUAUCAACAGGGUGGCAGCUGCAUACGCUUAUGGUGGUCUGAACGUUAUUUUCGAUCUCAUUGUGAUCGCGUUGCCGAUCCCAAAACUUCUCCAGUUGGAUGUGUCCAGGAGACAGAAGAUUGGAAUUUGCUCAUGCUUUCUGGUCGGACUCAUCGCCACAGGCUGCUCCGUUACGCGCCUGUUCACGCUGCAAAACCUCACCACAGCGAGGAACAUCACCUGGGACUUUCUUCCCUGUGGAUUUUGGAGCAUCUGUAUGUCAGCAUGA